AAUACCGCAGAGAUAAGAUCUGGGGCAAGAUCACGUCCCGAACAUGACCUUGGAUGGUCUUUGUCCGAUCCGGGUGAUAGCCGGAGUGCACUAACACGCCUGCGCGGCUGUGCACCAAGUAAGAACGAGUCUGACUGCCAUUUGUGUGGGUAACUUUCGAAAGAAGAAGGUGACGCCAGGCUUCGCCGACAGAUCUUGGCUGGUGAUCGCCCGUAUAUCUGGAUUCGGCCAUUACGAUGUUUGCCUGCUCAAGAGUAGCGUGGUCGGCCGCAGCGGAGGUUCGCAAUGGAGCUGCACCUCUUUGUAGACCACUUUUUGUGUCAGUAAUGCACAAACCAGAGGCCCAGUCUGGAAAAGGAAACACUGCACUUUUGAGGAGUCAAGGCAAAAAUUCAUUUACUCAAGAAGUACUCAGAGAUUUUCAGACAAGUUCUACAAGCCAGGACAUUGACACUGCUGCAAAGUUUAUUGGUGCUGGAGCUGCCACAGUCGGAGUGGCUGGUUCUGGAGCUGGUAUUGGAACGGUUUUUGGUAGCCUUAUCAUUGGCUAUGCCAGAAAUCCUUCUCUGAAACAGCAGUUGUUCUCGUAUGCUAUCCUUGGAUUUGCCCUGUCUGAAGCUAUGGGACUCUUCUGUUUAAUGGUUGCUUUUCUAAUUUUAUUUGCUAUGUAAAAAUUUAAUGAAUGAGUAGAAUAGUCUAAUCAUGUGAAAAUGUAAUUAUUUCAUUGGCUCUCAUUUAUGUUGGAGUUGUUAAAGUGUAUGUUUCAUGUCUUUUGUCAUAUGUUCCAAUAAAUACAGAUACAA